AUGCAGAAUUCCCAGGCUGGAUCCGACUCGCCUGCGUCCGUGGCCCUGCGUCCCGCGCCACCGGCCUCCCCGCAGAGGGUGCUGGUGCAGGCGGCGGGCCCCGCCCCCAAAGCAGCCCAGAUGCAGCCCAUCUCCCUCCCUAGAGUUCAGCAGGUGCCACAGCAGGUGCAGCCGGUGCAGCAUGUGUACCCCGCCCAGGUGCAGUACGUGGAGGGGGGCGACGCCGUCUACACCAAUGGCGCCAUACGCACGGCCUACGCCUACAACCCCGAGCCCCAGCUGUACGCCCCCAGCAGCGCCGCGUCCUACUUCGAGGCCCCGGGCGGCGCCCAGGUGACCGUGGCAGCCUCCUCGCCGCCCGCAGUGCCCCCGCACAGCAUGGUGGGCGUCACCAUGGAUGUCGGCGGCAGCCCCAUCGUGUCCAGCGCGGGAGCCUACCUCAUCCACGGGGGCGUGGACGGCGCGAGGCACUCCCUGGCCCACACGGCCCGCUCCUCGCCAGCCACGCUUGAAAUGGCGAUUGAAAACCUCCAAAAAAGCGAAGGAAUCACAUCACACAAAAGCGGUUUACUCAACAGCCAUCUGCAGUGGCUGUUAGACAAUUACGAGACUGCCGAAGGCGUGAGCCUGCCGCGGAGCUCCCUGUACAACCAUUACCUCCGGCACUGCCAGGAGCACAAGCUGGACCCGGUGAACGCCGCGUCCUUCGGGAAGCUCAUCCGCUCCGUGUUCAUGGGCCUGCGCACGCGGCGGCUGGGCACCAGGGGCAACUCCAAGUAUCAUUACUAUGGGAUCCGGCUGAAGCCAGACUCGCCCCUGAACCGGCUCCAGGAGGACACACAGUACAUGGCCAUGCGGCAGCAGCCCACGCACCAGAAGCCCAGGUAUCGGCCUGCCCAGAAGACGGACAGCCUUGGGGACAGCAGCGCCCACAGCAGCCUGCACAGCACGCCCGAGCAGGCCACGGCCGCCCAGAGCCAGCACCACCAGCAGUACAUAGACGUCUCCCACGUGUUCCCCGAGUUCCCGGCGCCCGACCUGGGCAGCGUGCUGCUGCAGGAGAGCGUGACGCUGCAGGACGUGAAGACGCUGCAGCUGGCGUACCGGAGGCACUGCGAGGCCACCCUGGACGUGGUCGUGAACCUGCAGUUCCACUACAUUGAGAAGCUGUGGCUUUCCUUCUGGAACUCCAAAGGCCCGGCCAGCGACGGCCCCGCCUCGCUCCCUGCCAGUGACGAAGAGCCCGAAGGCGCGGUCCUCCCCAAGGACAAGCUGGUGUCCCUGUGCAAGUACGACCCCAUCCUCAAGUGGAUGCGGAGCUGCGACCACAUCCUGUACCAGGCGCUCGUGGAGAUCCUCAUCCCCGACGUGCUGCGGCCCGUGCCCAGCACCCUGACUCAGGCCAUCAGGAACUUUGCCAAGAGCUUGGAGGGCUGGUUGACAAACGCCAUGAGUGACUUCCCGCAGCGCGUCAUCCAGACCAAGGUGGGCGUGGUGAGCGCCUUCGCGCAGACGCUGCGGCGCUACACGUCCCUGAACCACCUGGCGCAGGCGGCGCGCGCGGUGCUGCAGAACACGUCCCAGAUCAACCAGAUGCUGAGCGACCUCAACCGCGUGGACUUCGCCAACGUGCAGGAGCAGGCCUCGUGGGUGUGCCAGUGUGAGGAGAGCGUGGUGCAGCGGCUGGAGCAGGACUUCAAGGUGACCCUGCAGCGGCAGAGCUCGCUGGACCAGUGGGCGCGCUGGCUGGACGGCGUGGUCACCCAGGUGCUGAAGCAGCACGCGGGCAGCCCCAGCUUCCCCAAGGCCGCCCGCCAGUUCCUGCUCAAGUGGUCCUUCUACAGCUCCAUGGUGAUCCGGGACCUGACCCUGCGCAGCGCCGCCAGCUUCGGCUCCUUCCACCUCAUCCGGCUGCUCUACGACGAGUACAUGUUCUACCUGGUGGAGCACCGCGUGGCCCAGGCCACCGGCGAGACGCCCAUCGCCGUCAUGGGCGAGUUCAACGACCUCGCGUCCCUGUCGCUGACGCUGCUGGACAAAGACGACGUGAGCCAGGAGCAUGGCGGUGAGGCAGCCGGGGAGCGCGGCCUGGGCGAGCCCCUGGUGAAGCGGGAGCGCAGCGAGCCGAGCCACCCUCUGCAGGGCAUCUAGCACCGUGCGCCCGCCCGGCGCCCUGAGGACCUGGACUGCCCCGCUCCCCGCCUCAGUGCCUCUUCCAGGGCGUGCCAUCUGCUCUGACUCCAGGGGCGCGCCCACCGAGGAGGAGAGAAUGUUCUAGGAGAGAUGGUCGCCGUGGCUGUUUGGGUGUCCCGGUGCCCCCGCGCAUCUCCGGCCCUUGUCCUGAGCACACCUCCUGCUGGCAGUGGGCGCCGUGGUCCCUGUCCCUUUAAGAGCAGGGAGGGGCCGUGCUGAGAGUUGGUCCCCACCUUGGUCGCAGCAGGUACCAAAAAUCUCCACAUGAUUUAAAAAGGAAAAACCUGGAAGGGAGGGGCAGCCACUCCCCGCUGGGUCCUGCCACAGGGCUGAGGGCACCAGGGACCCACCCAGCGUGCACCUUGUGGCCUUUCCUGGUGCGCCAGGAGCCCUGUCUCCGGGCGCCAGAGCCCUCUCCCAAGGCGGCUGCCCUCGCCACGGCCUGGCAUGGGUCCACGGUCCGGCAGAACAAGCGACAGAGAGGGACCCUGCACAGGGCACUGUCCUUAGCAGAGCCAGAAGCUUUGUCAGCUUGGAGUCCAAGCUCACGGUCAACGUCGAGCAAAGCACGGCUCCGGAGUGAGUGUGUUCAGGGGGCGGAGCCUCUGCCCCCGAGCGUCGUGCCUGCGCCUGGCUCCAGGCCUCCAGGAAGCCCCCUCUGCGGGAGCCCUCCCAGCACCCCCCCAGCACCCUGGCCCCUGCCGAGCCCUUGGGUCCUCCUCACAGUCCACACUGCGGACUCGAGUGGGCCUGAGCGGAACUCCGCUGCCCACAGCCGCGUCCUGGGCUCUCCCUGCAAACCGCCCGCAGACACAGCCCGGCCUCCGGCCCGGGGAGCUCCGUCCGCGGCGACCCAGUGGUUUCUCUGUUUGGAAAAUGUUCAUGCCAUAGUUUUGUGCUCUAAUUGUUCUUAGAAGGUUGCUUACGAAUGUGUCUAUUGCACUAUAUUCAGUCCCAAAUACUUCGUCCCCGUUGCUCAGAAGGUACUAAUGCCAACUCCCGUGGCCUGGAAGCCCCGGCCUCUGCACAGGGCGCCGCGCCCGUGCCCGGGCUGCAGGGAGGCAGAGGCGGGCUCGUGGGAGAAGCGGCAAGUCGCUGGUAACUGCAGUGUUCGUCUGGUCUUACCUGGGAGACCUGGAUGGAAGCAGACAGAAGAAUGUCUAAGAUGCGCGCGCCCCUCCCGGGAGGCACACGCAUCCUCGGUUAAUGUAUUCUCGGCUCCCACUCGGAGUGACCAAUACAGACUGGGUUUGUCUUA